GGCCCUCAAGGCCGUAGCCGAGGCAAGAAUCAUCUGUGACUACGCCGCUUCCAGGAUGCGGCCCUUCAUCUUGUCUGUAGUGUUCCUAAUCUCUCGCUGCGUUGCUCAGCUCGACCCGUCAUCGGCGAAUUAUGACGACGUCCAGGUUCCGUUCCAGAAUGUAGAAGUCGUCAACGUUACACAUCGGAUUGCUAUCAUCGGCGCUGGCGCGGGAGGCUCUAGUGCUGCGUUCUGGCUUGGGAAGGCCAGUGAACGCCUGGGUCUGAACCUGGAAGUGGACGUCUUCGAAAGGGAGGACUACAUAGGGGGCAGGAGCACUACCGUCCAACCAUACGACGACCCGAAUCUGCGCGCCAUCGAGCUCGGCGCCUCCAUCUUCGUAUCCGCAAACAAGAACCUCUGGAGGGCGGUCUCGACGGAAGAGUGGAACCUCACUCGGGACGACUUUGACUACGAGGAAGGGUACGACACCGGCAUCUGGGACGGCUCGCAGUUCCUCCUCGUCGUCGGCGGAGGCUCUGGAGUCUUGAGUUGGUGGGAGACGCUGAAGGUCAUCUGGCGAUACGGAUGGACUGCGCCGACGCGAACACAGAACAUUAUCAAGCAGCUCAUGAACAAGUUCUUGACGUUGUACGAGCCCACGGCACCGACGUGGACCUCGAUAGAACAGCUGGCCGAAGAACUGCAAUGGUCCGCCCUUACUAGCCAAAGUUCGGCUGAAUACUUUGAUCUUGCAGGCGUCUCCAAGAAAUUCAGCCGCGAGAUGAUUGAGGCUGCCACUCGAGUGAACUACGGACAGAACCUCGACCAGAUCCAUGCCCUCGAGGGCGUCUGUAGCCUCGCAGCCACCGGCGCGUCCGCCGUCAAAGGUGGCAACUGGAAGAUAUUCGAGCGCUUCCUCGCAGAGUCCAAGGCGAACGUAUACCUCAACACCACCAUCAAGAGUGCCGAGAGCAUACAACGCGCCGACGGCGGCUCCGCCUGGGAACUCAAGACUUCCGCCUCGGACCGCCUCUCCACCAAAGAAUACGACUCCGUCAUCCUCGCCGCGCCCUUCCACAGCACCGGCAUCGAGUUUCCCCGGCGCAUGCGCGACCGCGUCCCCAAACAGCCCUACGUCCACCUCCACGUCACCCUCCUCACCACCACCUCC